UCGCGGGCUGGCGGCCGGGCGAGCCGGGUCGGGACACGCAGCUCGCAGCGCAGCCCGGAAGGCCCCGCUCCGCACGCACGUCCGCCGGUGGCCGGGCCGGGGCCUCGGGGCGGCUGCGCGGGCGGCGGGCGGCCGGAGGGAGGGAGGGGCCGAGCCUUCGCCGCCACCGCCGCCGCCACCGCCGCUCCGCCUGCAGACCUCCAGAUCCCACACCGGAUGGACCCACAGGCUGGUUUUUCCAGUUUGCUCCCCAGGGCAAUUUGCAUAUUUCUCAAGAAGCUGAACGGCCUGUUUUCAGACUUAGAGAGAGGGCAGGCCCACAGCUGUUUCUUGAAAUCUGGGGCUGGACAUGGCCUCAUGGGGCAGAUCGCGCUGCAGGCUGCCUCAGGGGGCCGAGCCAGCUGUGGAGGGGGAGCCACAUCUGCCCACGGGCCGGGACCUGACCGAGGCCAACCGCUUCACCUAUGCCGCCCUGGGUGGCGUCUCUCUGUCCCAGCUGUUUCCAGAACCUGAGCAAAGCUCCUUCUGCACAGAGUUUGUGGCGGGCCUGGUGAAGUGGCUGGAGUUGUCUGAAGCCGUCUUGCCAACCAUGACAGCUUUUGCCAGCGGCCUGGGAGGCGAAGGAGCAGACAUGUUUGCUCAGAUUUUAUUGAAGGACCCCAUCUUGAAGGACAACCCGUUGGUGAUCAUUCAGGACCUUCUGAGCUUCUCACUCAAGGAUGGGCACUAUGACGCGCGGGCCCGAGUCCUCAUUUGCCACAUGACCUCUCUCCUCCGAGUGCCCUUGGCAGAGCUGGAUCUCCUUGAAGAGACGUUCCUUGAGAGCCUGAAGGAAAUCAAAGAGGAGGAAUCUGAAACGGCUGAGGCAUCCCGGAAGAAGAGAGAAAACCGGAGGAAAUGGAAGCGCUAUCUCCUGAUAGGCCUGGCGACCGUCGGAGGCGGAACGGUGAUCGGCGUGACCGGGGGUCUCGCUGCCCCUCUUGUUGCUGCCGGAGCCGCGACAAUCAUUGGCAGCGCCGGGGCAGCGGCUCUGGGCUCCGUGGCCGGCAUAGCCGUCAUGACCUCGCUGUUUGGGGCAGCUGGAGCUGGCCUGACAGGAUACAAGAUGAAGAAGCGUGUUGGGGCCAUUGAAGAGUUCACAUUUCUGCCUCUGACAGAGGGCAGGCAGCUACACAUCACCAUCGCCAUCACGGGGUGGCUGGCAUCCGGCAAAUACCGUACCUUCAGCGCUCCGUGGGCCGCCCUGGCCCACAGCGGUGAGCAGUACUGCCUGGCCUGGGAGGCCAAGUACCUGAUGGAGCUCGGCAACGCCCUGGAGACCAUCCUCAGUGGUCUUGCCAACAUGGUGGCCCAAGAAGCCCUGAAGUAUACAGUGUUGUCUGGCAUUGUGGCUGCCCUGACCUUACCAGCCUCACUCCUCAGUGUCGCCAACGUCAUAGACAACCCCUGGGGGGUGUGUCUCCAUCGAUCAGCAGAGGUUGGCAAGCACCUGGCCCACAUCCUGCUCUCCCGGCAGCAGGGCCGGCGACCUGUCACCCUGAUUGGCUUCAGUCUGGGAGCCAGAGUCAUCUACUUCUGUCUGCAGGAAAUGGCUCAGGAGAAAGAUUGCCAAGGGAUCAUCGAGGAUGUUGUCCUGCUGGGCGCGCCCGUGGAAGGAGAUGCCAAGCACUGGGAGCCUUUCCGGAAGGUAGUGUCCGGGAGGAUCAUCAACGGCUACUGCAGGGGCGACUGGCUGCUGAGCUUCGUGUACCGCACAUCCUCGGCGCAGCUCCAUGUCGCCGGCCUGCAGCCCGUGCUGCUGCAGGACAGGAGGGUGGAGAACGUGGACCUGUCCUCCGUCGUCAGCGGCCACUUGGACUAUGCCAGGCAGAUGGACGUCAUCCUGAAGGCUGUGGGCAUCCCCACCAAGCCCGGGUGGGACGAAAAGGGGCUCUCGCUGGCCCCGGGCAGCCUGCCCCCAGAGGAACCUCGCCAGGCAGCAGCCGCCUUCUCAGACAAGACGGCCCCCCAGGACGGGCAAACCAGGGGUCCUGCACCCGGAGACACCUCCAAAGUGGCCACAUGCGCUGACCCCAGCCACGCCCAGGUGCCAACAGAGCUGGACCAACCUGAGGGGGCCGCCUCUGCUGUUGCUGCCAGCCCCGCGGGGAGCGCCCAGACCUGCAGCCACAGUGUGGGCCCCAACCCACUGGGCUGCCCCGACUGUGCCAGCGAGACCCAGGGUUCCUGCCCCGGGCUGGACUGACCCCAAAAACCAUCAGGUUGCCACGUGAGCCCUGAAGAGUUCCACCGCAGCCUUUCCUAAGUUGAAGGCAUUGGGAUUGAAAGGAAGGGCCUGGAAAGGAGGGGGAGUUGUAGGGAGACAGCGUCCCCUCCCCCGGAAGCAAGACCAGAGCCCACAAAGCCGACCAGCCCAGUUUAGAGCCCCAGGAUGCCACCAGGCCGGGGCCUGCUGUCUCCAGGUCACGGCGGUGGGUCAGGCUGUCUAUCAGGAGGCCCGGGGGCUCUCAGGCCUGAGGCCCCCCUGCUGCCCUCCCCCUGCUCUUCCGUCCACUCCAGGGCUGCCCGCCAGCCCACGGGCACUGCUGACGCACCUGCAGAGCAGGCGCAGGUGGGGAGCAAGCAGCUUACUCUCUCUACCCUUGGGAGACCCCAUCCGAUCUGCCACAUACAGCCAUGCAGGCUGCGCACUGCACAACUGUAGGGGCAUCAAUCACAUAGACAUCAUGUGAAGGGCGCCCCCUGAAGUUGUGCUACACGGUCACCCUGGAUGUAACUGUAACAGAGCAAGGUGAAUAAACGCUGAAUCAGCGUGCACUGUGGGUGGGGACUGGGCCUGGUGAUAAGAAUGAAUUAUCCCGGGAAAGGAUUUCCUGUAGCAGGAGCAGAGCUGCUGCUGCUGCUGAUUAUAAUAAAGAAUAAUAAUAGCUACCACUUACUGAGUAU